AUGUCCACUCCCACCGGAACUGGCAGGAUUUACAAGGACCACCAGGUCUUACACGUCCGAGAUCAGGCCGAUCAAGCUAGCUUCUUCGAGCUGGUCAAGGACGACACAGUGCUCGCGAAGUUUCAGCAGCACGUCCGGAAGCUCGUGAUCCAUCUGAAUGCCAGGCAAUUGAUGCUGUCUAAGCAGGACAAUCUGGUGUUGGCACUCAACCGUCUUCACCCUACUCGCAACGGUGCCAAUAUAACUAACCCUCACAAUCUAGAAACAAUCUGCUUCGUCGUCGACAGUGACAUCCUUUUCACGAGGUUCAACUAUGCAUUAACGUCACCAACGCCCUACACCGAUGAGGACGGAAGGCUCGCUGAUCUGCUCCGCAACACCCUCACCCCUGCGAAGAAGAAGGAGAUAGCUUUCCAGGUUACGAGCACUGUGGGGCCCAUCACGCCAGCGCUACUUGGCCUCCGCUGCAUCAAGAACGUCGUCUUCGAAACCUUUCCCCGCCCAUGCAAGCUGGAGGGUGGCUUUCGUGAGAUGCUAGAGCUUACCCUACCCUGCGCAGCGGCGCUCGUUGAAAACAUCCCGCCCCCCUCUCGCGAUUCAUUGCGUCCUUACGCCACCGCAGAUUUCGACAAAGAAGGUAAUUUCCGCUCCGAUGCAUAUGAUGCCGACACUAGCAUCAACCCAUACGAAGAGGGCGAGCAGUUUGACACAAAUCACAUCGACGGGAAUGACGGGUUCACCUUGUACAACAUGGUGGCCAUCAACCCACAGAAGGACGAUCAGAUCUAUGACGCGUCCGCCUUUGGUUUUGAUUCGAUGCCAACGGAUCUCCAGAGCAUCCAACUUGGCUGGAAAAUCUAG